CAUUGCUUUCGUCCAUUGCCGACACUCGGUGGUGAGCUGUACCUUGGUGUGAGUUUUAAUGUUUAGUUUUAGUUGCACGCUGAGCCAGAUAAAUCAAACUAGAGACAGACGGAGAAGCGAUAGUAACAGGUUUGCUAUUAUACCAACGAUACACGAGAAAUGGAGCAACCUUUUGUCAAGGAGGCUUUUAAAGUUCUUACCAGAGAAGCCAAAGAUCUAUUUCUGGGGACGAGCCUUCCCGAAACCUAUGGCAUACCAUCAGCCCUGGAGUUUGUACGGGACAAUGUGGCGAAAAACAUGCCAUUGAUCAUACGGGAAGCCACUAACGAUUGGCCAGCUGUGGAAAAGUGGAAUUCCAAAUACUUCAGAGAAACGUUCGCGGACAAGGAAGUCACAGUUGCAAUCACCCCCAAUGGGUACGCCGACGGACUAGCCAAACAUGACGGCGCGGAUUUCUUCGUUCUGCCCAUGGAGACUCAGAUGUCGAUGGGAGAAUUUCUGGACACGUUGGAUCGCAAAGACGAAAAUAUACUGUACAUACAACGGCAAAACUCUAAUCUCACGGAGGAUUUCUACGAGUUAUGGCGGGACGUGGACAUGGAAAAGCUUAAAUUUGCCUCAGAAGCCUUCAACAAGCAACCGGAUGCCAUCAACUUCUGGAUGGGAGACGAUCGUGCCAUUACAUCUACGCAUAAAGAUCCAUACGAAAAUAUCUACUGUGUAAUUUCUGGCUAUAAGGAUUUCAUUCUGAUCCCACCCGUCGACUUGCAUAACGUCCCACGAAAGAAGUACCCCAUGGGAAUCUACAUGCAGGAAGAUGAUGGGACAAUGGUGGUGGAGCCAAUCUUAGAUGAAAUAUGCAAACCUAGGCUCAUCGAGUGGGUUAGUAUCGAUCCUCUGGAACCGGACCUUGAGAGGUACCCGCAGUACGCCAAUGCUACCGCCUACGAAAUCCGAGUGAAUGCCGGUGACAUGUUGUACCUUCCAAGCCUGUGGUAUCAUCACGUACGCCAAAGUCACAAAUGCAUUGCGGUUAACUUCUGGUACGAUAUGGACUACGACGCUCGCUACUGCUAUUACAAAAUGACGGAAAAGUUGUGCGGUUAUGGUGAUUAUGAGGAAGACUAGGGCGAUUGGUAUGUGAUCGAAGGCAAACAUUUGUUAUUGGUAAUAAAAUACUGUUUUAUUUUUAAUA